AUGCUCGCAACUAGCCGUUCGAGCCGCUUUGACGUCAUUACGGACUAUGAGUCUGAUUUUGAAGAUGACGACGAGACUACGGAGGCCAGCAAGGUGUCUGAUGACGUUACUAGCGCACACACAAGCUGUGAGAACCAGCUUAAUCGACAGGAGGAACCAGCAGAGGAAAGUAAGGAGAGCCGCUGGAAGUCAGAGCCCAGUCUUCAACCACCGAAAAGAAAAAAUAUCCAGUCAUCUCUCUCCGCGUAUAACCUCUUCAACUUUGCGUCCGCUAGAAAGACAGAGGAGAAGAAAAAGGAACUCAGCAAAACACAACAGAGGGCAAAAGACAUAUUGGAGCUAGUUGCCCUCGACUACGUUUCCAUCAGCGUGUUUGACUUGCCACCAUCCAGCUACGAUGCCUACAUCAAAGCCUUUGGACGUGCCAACACUAGACAGGAAAUGACUCAAACUGACAGCAUGUGUGAAGAAGAAGCCCAGACUGAAGACAUUGACAUCAUUGAAAAAUGGACGCAGCAGCCUCCGCACGAUUACAGAAAUCUUGGAUGUAAGCCCCACAGCUUGACCUUCAGGAAAUUCUUUUAA